GGCGGCGCUCGCGUUAGGACCCAGCGGAUCCGGGCGGGAGGGCGGCGCCCGCCCCGUCGGGGGCCCGGAGCGGGGCGCGGGGGGCGGAGGGGUGGCUCGGCGGCGCGCGGACUCGGAGCGGCGCGCAGGGACCCGCAGGCUGAAUUCCGGGAGCAGAAGUGACCCUGCAGCCCUGGGGUGUUGGCCUGGGGAGCAGCUCGCCCCUCCUCUUUCUCCAGCUGUCCCCGGACACCGGCGCAGCCCACUCACUGAGAGCCAUGAGAGCCGCCUCCCUCUUCCUGCUCAUCCUGCCUGCAGGCCUGCUGGCUCAGGGCCAGUAUGAUCUGGACCCACUGCCUCCGUACCCAGACCACGUGCAGUACACCCACUACAGCGACCAGAUCGACAAUCCGGACUACUAUGAUUACCCAGAGAUGACGCCUCGGCCACCCGAGGAACAGUUCCAGUUCCAGUCCCAGCAGCAAGUCCAGCAGGAAGUCAUCCCAGCCCCCACCGUAGAACCGGGGACUGUGGAGACGGAGCCCACGGAGCCGGGGCCUCUGGACUGCCGCGAGGAGCAGUACCCGUGUACCCGCCUCUACUCCAUACACAAGCCCUGCAAGCAGUGUCUGAACGAGGUCUGCUUCUACAGCCUCCGCCGCGUGUAUGUCGUCAAUAAGGAGAUCUGCGUCCGGACGGUCUGCGCCCACGAGGAGCUCCUGCGGGCUGACCUGUGCCGUGACAAGUUCUCCAAGUGCGGCGUGCUGGCCAGCAGCGGCCUGUGCCAGUCUGUGGCAGCCGCCUGUGCCCGGAGCUGCGGGGGCUGCUAGGGGGAGCUGGCCCCCUGCCGACCCAGGGCCCCCAGGCUCUGCCCGACCUGGUGCUUUCCUCCCGUCUGACGUUCUUCUUGUCCUGUUAGAGGGCUGUGGGCCUGGGGCUUGCCGCGGCUGCUCCCCUAGCCUGGGGCCACCCCCGGGGCCACAAGGGGGCUCCCGAAGGGCCAGUCUCUGCCCCCGGGUGGGGGAUGUCCCGGGCGCUCUGUGGGACCUGGGUCCCUGACGUGUGUCCCUCGUCCCGCCCCCCCCCCAAGGUAGGCGGUGACCCCCCACCCCAGCUGGUCUGCUUGAAUCUCCUACAGCCCCUGGGCGUAGACCACCUUUGUUUUAUACAAAAUUAAAAACAGGUUUUUACGAAA